AGUUGUGCAGGUAUCCAGACCCACCUGCAUCCAGACCGGGACCCAGACCCGCGUCCAGAGCUAACCGGCUUCCAGACCGGGACCCAGACCCGCCGGUAUCCAGACCGGCAUCCAGAGCUGUCCCAGAGUUGUGCAGGCAUCCAGACCCGCCAGGACCCAGAUCCGCAGGGACCCAGACCCGCGGGGACGCGCGCAGCCGCCAUGGCUGUGAGCACGCUGCUGGCCACCUUCCUGUGCAUCAUCGUGCUGCCGGUGCUGCUGUUCCUGGUGGCGGUGAGGCUGUGGGAGGUCUACAUGCUCCGGGGCCGGGACCCGGGCUGCCCCAGCCCGCUGCCGCCCGGCUCCAUGGGGCUGCCGUUCCUGGGGGAGACGCUGCAGCUGCUGCUCCAGAGGAGGAAGUUCCUGCGGAUGAAGCGGCAGAAGUACGGCUACAUCUACCGCACGCACCUGUUCGGGAGCCCCACCGUGCGCGUGACCGGCGCGGACAACGUGCGCCAGAUCCUGCUGGGGGAGCACCGGCUGGUGGCGGCGCAGUGGCCCGCCUCCGUGCGCGCCAUCCUGGGCUCGGACACGCUCUCCGGCGUGCACGGCGCCCUGCACAGGAGCAAGAAGAAGGCCAUCAUGAGGGCCUUCUCCAGGGAGGCUCUGGAGCUGUACGUGCCGGUCAUCCAGGAGGAGGUGCAGGCUGCGGUGCAGCAGUGGCUGACCCGGGACCCCUGUGUGCUGGUGUACCCGGAGAUGAAGCGCCUCAUGUUCCGCAUCGCCAUGAGGCUGCUGCUGGGCUUCCAGCCGGAGCAGAUCCAGACCGACGAGCAGCGCCUGGUGGACUCCUUCGAGGAAAUGAUCAAGAACCUGUUCUCUCUGCCCAUCGACGUGCCCUUCAGUGGGCUGUACAGGGGUUUGAGGGCCAGGAACUUCAUCCACUCCAAGAUAGAGGAGAACAUCCAGAAGAAGGUGCAGGCCUCGGGGAGGCAGUCCCAGCACAGGGACGCGCUGCAGCAGCUCAUAGACAGCAGCCAGGCCAGCGGGGAGCCCUUCAGCAUGCAGGCCCUCAAAGAGUCCGCCACCGAGCUGCUGUUCGGGGGCCACGAGACCACGGCCAGCACGGCCACCUCGCUGGUCAUGUUCCUGGGCCUGAACCCCCCCAAGGAGCGCGGCAUGGACCUCCAGAGGCUGAACCUGGAGUACCUGGAGCAGCUGAAGUAUACCGGCUGUGUCAUUAAAGAGACUCUACGGAUCAACCCCCCCGUGCCUGGAGGAUUCAGAGUGGCCCUCAAAACAUUUGAUCUCAAUGGUUUCCAGAUUCCUAAGGGCUGGAACGUCAUCUACAGUAUCUGUGACACCCACGACGUGGCGGACAUUUUCCCCAACAAGGAGGAGUUCCAGCCCCAGCGCUUCAUGACCAGCCCCUCGGACUCCUCCAGGUUCCAGUACAUCCCUUUCGGGGGGGGGUCCAGGAUGUGCGUGGGCAAAGAAUUCGCCAAGGUCCUGCUGAAGAUCUUCCUGGUGGAGGUGGUGACAAAGUGCCACUGGACUCUUCUGAACGGGCCCCCCACCAUGAAAACGGGCCCCACUGUCUAUCCCGUAGACAACCUGCCCACCAAGUUCACCCGAUACUCACACAGUUAAGGCCCCGCCCCCUAAAGCACUGUACAGGUUUAAAAGCGUCUAUAUUUUGUAAUUGAAGUGUACAUAUUGUACAGUAAAGUAUAUUGCGUGUUAAAUUGUGUUCAUACAUAUUUGUAAAUAUCUUUGGAGAAUGACAGAAGAAACUAUGCGGUUCCCACCGGUUAGUCUACAUAACUCCUGUGUAUCGAGCUUAUUUAAGGUGCUUUCAUCAUAAUAAAGGUGAUUUUUAUCAGAA